AUGAAGCUCGUGCCUGUUGCCACCAGCUGUUGGUACGUGGGCCGUUGCCACAGCGCUCCCCGUCUCAAACAGAAUAGCUUAAAAGCUCAUGUCCUGUCCUGCAUCAGCAGCUUGGCCAAAAUAGCGGACAAAGAGAAAAAUGCGAACAAACAGGAGUUUAACUUUGAAAAAGCUCGUUUGGAAGUGCACAAGUUUGGAAUCACUGGCUACAAGAAGCAGGAGCAACGCUUGUGGGAACAGGAGCGCGCGGUCAUGCUGGGAGCCAAGCCCCCGAAAAAGGAACACGUGAACUACAAGACUUACCAAGAGAAAAUGAAAGAGAAAAAAGCAGCGAAGGAAGAGGAGAAGGGAAAGGUUUGUAAAGGUGAUGCUUUUAAGAAGAAGAAGAAAGAACAGGAGAGGAAGGCCAAAAGGAAGAGAUUUGUGCCCAGCAUCUGGCCUGCAGGACAAGUUGGGAAAUUCCGCGAUGGGACCUUGAUUCUGAAAAGCCGUGACAUAAAGAAAAUUAAAUCGUCGAAAGUUAUCAAAUGA